AGCUGCCGCUCCUCCUGUGGUAUCAGUUCACUGAAGACAGACAGACAACACUCGGAGACAUGGCAGCAGCUGACGUCAUCUUACAUCAGAAUGUGGUGGAGAGGGUGACCAGCCUCCCUCUGGUGAGCUCGACCUACAGCUUGGUGUCCAGCAUGUACUGCACCACCAAGGAAACCCACCCUUACAUCAGGACCGUGUGUGAGGCCGCCGAACAGGGAGUCCGCACCAUCACCUCCGUGGCCCUCACCACUGCUUCGCCAUUCAUGGACAAACUGGAGCCUCAGAUUGCCAUUGCCAAUGACCUUGCCUGUUUAGGUUUGGACAAGAUUGAGAAAACGUUGCCGAUUCUUCACCAGCCCUCUGAGCAAAUCGUUUCCAGUGCCAAGGAUGUGGUGAUCACGGCCAAGGACACGGUCUCAGACACGCUAACCAGUGUUGUGGGGAAGACUCGGGAUGCGGUGCAGGGUGGCGUGGAGAGGACCAAGACUGUGGUCACUGGAAGUGUCAGCACAGUGCUGGAGAGCAGAGUGGCCCAGCUCGUCAGCAGCGGAGUGGACACGGCGCUCAGUACGUCCGAGAGCCUGGUGGAGCAGUACCUUCCUCUGACAGAGGAUGAGCUGGAGCUGGAGGCCAAAACUGUGAAAGGCUUCGAUAGGAGGGAGAUGAGCUACUACGUGCGACUGGGUUCUCUCUCCACAAAGCUGAGGAAGCGGGCAUACACCAGGGCUGUGGAGAAAAUCCAAGACGGCAAGCAGCGCAGCAUAGGAUUCAUCUCAGGGCUCAACUCCACGGUUGACAUGAUUGAAUACGGAAGAAAGCAUAUUGGCGAAGCUAACCAGAUUGUAAAUGACAAGCUCAGCUCUUUGGUGGCGUGGAAGUCCAAUAGUCCAACCCAGGAGCAUGGUCAUGACGCAGAGGUAAUUGAGUCUCACACCUUGGCCCUGGCACGUUCCCUCACCCAGCAGCUCCAAACCACCUGUCUGGUCCUCGUCUCUGGCCUGCAGGGCCUUCCCCACCACGUCCAACAGGAGGCGCUCUCCCUCAGCCGCUCUGCCUCGCAGGUCUACGGCAACUUCCGCAAAGCCAAGGUGCUGGGCGACCUUCCCGACAGCAUGCUCACCGGCAGCAGAGCACAGCUGAGCAGAAUGAGCAGCUCUCUGGACAACAUCAUGGAUUAUCUGGUCAACAACACGCCACUCAACUGGCUCGUCGGUCCCUUCUAUCCACGAAUGACUCCUGACACAAAACACGCCCUGUCCACGUCAUCCACCGAGCCGCAGAGAGCAGCGCCAAUGGAAGUGGAGAUGGAGCAACUACAGUGACGCUUUACUGCUGUGGUGUUGUUCCAUUUUUAAGUUUUUAUGCUUUUUGCUUUAAUCAGGCCCCAUGUCAGAUUCUCUGCAAAAUGUGUUACUUUCAAACCAACCUGUCAAACCUAACCCUGUGCAUAUUUCUACAUAAAAAAUUAUGAAGUA